AUGAGGGUCACCCCCUUGAGGCGGGCGUCGUUGCCCCGUCUGGAGCUGUGCAGUGCACAGCUGCUCUCGCGCCUCAUGCAGGCCACGAUAAAAGCUACCGGUUGUGGCGAGCCGACAAUUUAUUGUUGGACGGAUUCCUCGGUCGCACUCCUCUGGAUUGGCGGAUAUCCAUCCAGAUGGACUACUUUCGUCGCCAGCCGCGUCUCGUUCAUACACGAGACCACAACGGAUGCCUCUUGGCACUAUGUUCCGUCCGGCGACAAUCCUGCGGAUUGCGCCUCCCGGGGUUUGUCGCCCGGCGGCUUAAGGCACGCUCUUUGGUGGCAUGGGCCUUCCUGGUUCAUUGGCGACCCGGCGGAGUGGCCUAGUGCACUCCGAGUCACUGUCGACCCGAGCGGUUGCGAGGAGCGCCGCAGAGUUCAUUUAGCGGCAGUAAACCUGGAGGACUGGUGCGGGGUUCUCCGGGCCUCUUCUUUCCGCAAGACCAUAUGCAUGAUGGCUUAUGUACGACAGUUUCUGCUGAUACCGCGGGUCCGCGAACCCCUCUCGGCGGACGAGCUGCGUAAGGCUCAGCUACGCCUGCUACGGAUCACGCAGAAUAAUUUCUUCGGAGACAAGUUGGCUCACCUGCCCGAGGAACGGGCGUUGGCCGUGGGUUCCGUGUUGCGCCCACUCAAUCCCGCGAUUUACGGGUGCGGCCUCCUGUGCGUAGGAGGUCGCCUACAAUUCUCGGCAUUGCCGGCUGACACACGGCAGCCGGUCCUGCUGCCUCGACAUUCUCAACUCGUUGCACUCGUUGCCCGGGAUGCGCAUGAGCGCACGCUGCACGGAAGAGUACAGCUUACUCUCGUCACGUUGAGGCGCCAAUUCUAG